AUGGUCAAGACUUCCGUCCUCAACGAUGCGCUUAACGCCAUGAACAACGCCGAGAAGGCUGGCAAGCGCCAGGUUCUCAUCCGUCCUUCCUCCAAAGUCAUCGUCAAGUUCCUCACUGUUAUGCAGAAGCACGGCUACAUUGGCGAGUUCGAGGAGGUCGAUGACCACCGCUCCGGCAAGAUUGUCAUCCAGCUGAACGGCCGUCUCAACAAGUGUGGUGUUAUCAACCCCCGCUACCCCGUCCAGCUCCGUGACCUCGAGAAGUGGGCUACCCAGCUCCUUCCUUCUCGUCAGUUCGGUUACGUCGUCCUGACCACCUCCGCUGGUAUUAUGGACCACGAGGAGGCUCGCCGCAAGCACGUUGCCGGUAAGCUCCUCGGUUUCUUCUACUAG